AUGAAUAUAAUCGAUGAAAUUCUUACCAUAGGAAAUGACCUUUCUGGACCUUAAAUAUUUGCUAUAUGUAUGAAAUGGUAUGAAUAGUUUCAGGAUGAUUUGUAUAAUUGCAAUCCAAAUUUUUCUAAGAUCGACAACUAUUCCCUUUGCAUAUGCUAAGAAGAACAAGUACAAAUAAAUAGUAUAUUGAAUAAUGUUAAGAGAGAGUUCAACAUGCAACAUAUAAAACCAAUAAUUAUACAAUAAAACUCAUUAGAGUAAAUUCUAAAAGUUGAUAAGCGCAAUUAAGCUCAUUACGUAAGUAAAGCUUUAUGGGAAUACCUGUAGGAGCAAAUGAAAGGAGGUCCAUGCAUUCCAUUAUACACAAUGACUAAAUAGGAAUCCUAUUUGGCACGAACUAUGUUUGCAAACCUUAAAUUUAUGACGAAUAAUGAUAUUGACGACUUGAUGCCUAAUUUAGUAGUUCCAGUUGAUAUGACUUAGAUUGAGUUACUUAUUUAAAAAGAAGAUGAUUCUCUCAUUUAUUUAACCAAAGUUGUGCCUUUGGCAUUUACAAUAGAAUAAUUAAUAACUAAAAUAAUCACACCCCUUUUCGACAUUUCAAAUCUCAUGUGUUACAAUUACUAUUUAAAGAAAUUUCUAAGCAAUAACAAUUCAACAUUUAUCUGUGAAUUAUAAAAAAAAUCCCUUUGGUUUCUCAAGAGUUCAAUGACAAUUUCAACAGGAGGAAUAGCAUUUAAUGAGAACUUGGAUGAAGCCUAAAUGAGAGAGGACUUCCAAAGUCUUAAAACAGGUUCUACUGAAUCUACCACAGAAUCUAGAAUAUCACUUUCAAUAGACAAUAGCCAAUCAUAGAUUAGCCCUCUUCAUAAAUUCGACAAUGAAGGGAAUCACAUUAAUCUAAUGCUAAGAGAUUUGGAUGAUUUCAAGAAUGAAAUUAGUACUGUACUUAAAUAAAAUAAAAAUUAACAAUUAGUUCUCUUAAAAUUUGAAUAGGCAAUGGAAAACAUCAAUUAAAUUAUACAAUCGAUAGAAUAAGAGAAUUGUUUCAAAAAGGAAUAAUAAGAAGAAGGAACUAAUGAUGAACUUAUCGAAUAAGAUAUUUGAUUUCAUAAUAAAUUACACAUUUU